GCUAUUUAUUACAGGGCACAGCAGGGAAGAGCCGCUACAGACCCUCUACUUAUUACAGGACACAGCAGGGAAGAGCCGCUACAGACCCUCUACUUAUUACAGGACACAGCAGGGAAGAGCCGCUACAGACCCGCUAUUUAUUACAGGGCACGAGUCACCGGACACCAGUUAGUGACACAGCAGAGACCCGGGAAAUCUGAGACCGCAGCUAAACUUCCUGACACCGCAUAGAAGUCUGUCACAACUGAAGCUCUCAGAUAGAACACAAUGUCAGCCAAAGGAGUCGCCAUCGGCAUUGACCUGGGCACCACCUAUUCCUGUGUGGGUGUUUUCCAGCAUGGGAAAGUGGAGAUCAUCGCUAAUGACCAGGGGAACCGCACCACCCCCAGCUACGUGGCUUUCACAGACACAGAGAGACUGAUUGGAGACGCUGCCAAGAACCAAGUGGCCCUGAACCCCCAGAACACCGUCUUUGAUGCUAAAAGGCUGAUAGGCAGAAAGUAUAAUGAGCCCAUAGUGCAGUCUGACAUGAAGCACUGGCCCUUCCAGGUGGUGAGUGAUGGGGGGAAGCCUAAAGUCAAGGUAGAGUACAAGGGAGAAGAGAAGACAUUUUCCCCUGAAGAGAUCUCCUCUAUGGUGCUGCUCAAGAUGAAGGAGACAUCAGAAGCUUACCUUGGCCAUCCUGUCACCAAUGCUGUCGUUACUGUACCAGCCUACUUUAAUGACUCUCAGCGACAGGCCACUAAGGAUGCUGGUGUUAUUGCUGGACUGAAUGUGCUAAGAAUCAUUAAUGAGCCUACAGCAGCUGCUAUUGCAUAUGGACUGGACAAGACAUCUCGUGGUGAGCGAAAUGUUCUGAUCUUUGAUCUAGGAGGUGGCACAUUUGAUGUCUCCAUCCUCACCAUAGAUGAUGGUAUAUUUGAGGUCAAGGCUACAGCUGGAGACACCCAUCUUGGAGGAGAAGACUUUGAUAACCGUAUGGUAAACCACUUUGUGGAAGAAUUUAGGAGGAAGCAUAAGAAGGACAUUAGCCAAAACAAGAGAGCACUGAGGAGGCUGAGAACAGCCUGUGAGAGAGCCAAGCGCACCCUGUCCUCCAGCACUCAGGCCAGUAUUGAAAUUGACUCCUUGUUUGAAGGCAUUGACUUCUACACCUCUAUUACUAGAGCCCGCUUUGAAGAGUUGUGUUCUGAUCUCUUCCGGAGUACCUUGGAACCAGUGGAGAAGGCCUUGAGAGAUGCCAAGCUAGACAAGUCCCAGAUCCAUGAUAUUGUCCUAGUAGGAGGCUCCACUCGCAUCCCUAAAGUACAGAAGCUUCUUCAAGACUUUUUUAAUGGCCGAGAGCUAAACAAGAGCAUUAAUCCUGAUGAGGCUGUGGCCUAUGGUGCUGCUGUUCAGGCUGCCAUUUUAAUGGGUGAUAAGUCUGAGAAUGUACAGGACUUGCUUCUUCUGGAUGUUGCCCCUCUUUCUCUAGGCUUGGAGACAGCUGGUGGGGUCAUGACCGUCCUCAUCAAGCGCAACACCACCAUUCCCACCAAGCAGACUCAGAUUUUCUCCACAUACUCAGAUAACCAACCUGGUGUCCUCAUCCAAGUUUUUGAAGGUGAGAGAGCCAUGACCAAAGAUAACAACCUGCUGGGAAAGUUUGAACUUAGUGGCAUACCCCCUGCUCCUAGAGGUGUGCCCCAAAUUGAGGUCACCUUUGACAUUGAUGCCAACGGAAUCCUCAAUGUUUCAGCUAUGGACAAGAGUUCAGGCAAACAGAACAAAAUCACCAUCACAAAUGACAAGGGACGACUGAGCAAGGAAGAAAUUGAGAAUAUGGUGCAAGAGGCAGAGAAGUAUAAGGCUGAUGAUGAUGCCCAAAGAGAAAAGAUUGCAGCUAAGAACUCCCUAGAGUCCUACGCUUUUAACAUAAAGAGCAUGGUGGAUGAUGACAAUAUUAAGGGGAAGAUCAGUGAGGCUGACAAGAAGACCAUCAUUGAGAAGUGCAAUCAGAUCAUCUCAUGGCUGGAAAACAACCAGCUAGCAGACAAAGAAGAGUAUACCCAUCAGCAAAAAGAACUGGAGAAGGUGUGCCAACCAGUCAUCACUAAAUUGUACCAUGGUGAUAUGCCAGGUAACAUGCCAGGCUCCAGCUGUGGUGCCCAAGCUCGUCAAGGUACCAGCUCAGGCCCCACAAUUGAAGAAGUAGAUUAACAUGUUCUACAAAAGACUAUGUCCAGACCAUUUGAAUUUGUUUACAACUAAAGUCAUUACAGUUUGAAAAAAACAGUCUAGAAAAAAUAGUUGUGGAAAUAGAUUUUCUGCACCUGAAAUGUGACAUUUUGAAGGACAAAAUUAGUUUGUACUGAAUC